AUGAGUAAACAGUUUGACGACCCAAAUGUCAAACCCAAGUGUUUGUGGUCAUUGGACAAGACAUCUGGGCCUCAGGACCCGCACCAUCACGACUCACCCGCGGCUAAGCCCAAGAUACUGACCAACAUAUUGGAACAGAUCGGUGACACACCACUCGUCCGACUCAAUAAGAUUCCCAAAGAGUAUGGCGUGAAAUGCGAAGUGUUGGCCAAAUGCGAGUACUUCAACGCCGGCGGAUCCGUUAAGGACAGGAUCGCACUGAAGAUGGUGUGCGACGCCGAGAGGGAUGGCAUACUCCGCGAGGGCUUCACUAUCAUUGAGCCCACGAGUGGUAAUACGGGCAUUGGGUUGGCGUUGGCGGCGGCGGUCAAGGGAUACAAAUGUAUUAUCGUUAUGCCGGAGAAGAUGUCCAACGAGAAGGUGAAUGUAUUGCACGCUUUGGGCGCGAAGAUCGUGCGGACGCCCACUUCCGCCUCCUAUGACUCGCCUCACAGUCACAUCAAAGUGGCGCAGAAGUUGUGCCUUCAGAUCAAGAAUUCGGUGAUUUUGGAUCAGUACAGGAAUGUGAACAACCCUUUGGCUCAUUACGACAACACCGCUACAGAGAUCAUCCAACAGACGGACCAUAACGUGGAUAUGGUUGUCGUGGGCGCGGGAACUGGCGGUACGGUCACCGGCAUUGGGCGCAAGUUUAAGGAGGUGUUGCCCGACUGUAAAGUGGUUGGUGUGGAUCCGUACGGCUCUAUACUCGCACAGCCCGAGGGUAUCAACAAAUCCGACACCACUUUCUACGAAGUGGAAGGCAUUGGAUAUGAUUUCAUACCAACCGUUUUGGACCGAAGUGUUGUCGACAAGUGGUAUAAAUCGGAGGACAAGUCGUCGCUAGAAAUGGCCCGAAAGCUGAUCGCAGAGGAAGGCCUUCUGUGUGGCGGCUCUUCCGGCAGCGCAGUCGUGGCGGCGAUGAAGGCGGCGAAAGAGCUCCGGGAGGACCAGCGCUGUGUUGUCAUACUUCCCGACGGUGUCCGCAAUUAUAUGACAAAGUUUUUGGACGACAAUUGGAUGGUUGAGCGCAACUUCGCCACCAAUGCUGAGGAGGAAGAGGACCAGAAGCCGUGGUUUUGGAACGAACCCAUCAAUAACUUAGUGAAGGGCAUGAAUGUGGAGAGCGUCGGCCCCAACACCAAGUGUUUUGACGCCAUCUCUAUUAUGCGAAGACACGGUUACGAUCAGCUCCCGGUCCUCAGCGAUGAUAGCUUUCUGCUGGGAAUGGUAACCGUCGGCCAUAUUAUGGCUAAGAUGUCUGGACACACGGUUACGAUGGAGAGUCCCAUACAUGAAGUGAUUAUUAAGAAUUACCCGAAGAUCGAAAGGAAUGGCAAAUUGGGAUCAAUUUCACGCAUUCUUAAGACCAACCCAUAUGUGGUUGUGUUCGAUGAGGUGUCCGAGAAUUCUGAGCGAAUCGCCGGAAUCAUCACUCAUAUCGAUAUUCUUAACUAUUUGGCAGAACUCGACUCAUAUGAACAGUAA